GUUUGUUUGCAUGCAACAGAGAGAGAGAGAGAGAGAAAGAGAGAGCGAGGGAGCAAGAGAGCGAGGAAGAUUCCCAUUGCAGCCCGAGCGCCUGACCGUGAGCGUGUCAUGAGAGGACGCACAGCUCCACACGCCCGCCCGGACUUUCCGCUCGGAUUUACUCCCAAUGGACUAACGACCUCCGAAAAGCACAUUUUAAUUUUUAUUUUUUAAUUUUUUUGGUUUUGUUUUUUAUUUCAUUUUUUUUUUUUACGGGAUUUUAUUCGCCACGCUUUGGGAUUUCUAAAGCGGCAAAAAGUCAUGCAAGGUAGAGGGAAAAACUAUUCUUAAGAGCUCUAAUGAGGGAGGCUUUUAGCGCCUCAUCUAGAGGACGUGGCGUCGGAGCUGCGAUGAGCGAGAUGUCUUCACUGAAGCGCUGAGCGGCGGCGACCCAGCAUGUAGUCGAGGCCAACAAGUGCCUUCACGCCUGCCGACACCGAUCAUAUCAUGGGGAAUUCCUACGCCGGGCAGUUGAAGUCCGCUCGCUUCGAAGAGGCCCUGCACAACUCCAUCGAAGCGUCGCUGCGCUCCAGCAGCGGAGAUCCGCAGCCCAUCUUCACACAGCUGUACCUCAAGCCCGAGCCCUACCCUGCCGGCAUGGACGCGGAUGUGAAACCCAAACCGGAGCUCCUCGUCGGCGAGCCGCCGGGCCAGGAGCUCCCGACCGACAGCCACUCGUCCAACAAUCCGGAGGAGCUGGAGGACGAAGACGACUCGGACAGCAACAGCCCGCCGCUGCCCUACCUGCAGACCCCGAUACCGGACGGCUGCUGCACCAUAGAAGGAUUCUGCCAGGCCGGCAAGGAUCUGCGCCUGGUCUCCAUAGCGACGGAACCCAUCGAGGUACCGGCGGGCUUCGAACUGGUCGGCGCCAAGUCCCCCAGCGUGGCCGAGCACAUCCUGGUGUGCGCCGUGGACCGCCGCUUUUUGCCCGACGACAACGGCAAAAAUGCACUUUUAGCAGGUUUUUCCGGAAACUGCGUCGGCUGCGGCGAGAAGGGCUUCAGGUACUUCACCGAGUUCUCCAACCACAUCAACCUGAAACUGUCCACGCAGCCCAAGAAGCAGAAGCACUUAAAGUAUUACCUGGUGAAGAACUCUCAGGGUGCUUUGUGCAAAGGCCCCCUCAUCUGCUGGAAAGAUUGCAAAACGCGUCAGGCGUCCAGCGGCGCGUCCGCCUCCACGUCCAAACCCGGCUCGUCGUCCUCAACCAGCAGCAAAGAAAAUGGCGCGACCGGCGGAAACGGAUCAUCUCUGUUCUCCGCUUCAGAUUCCACGCCCACCAGAAUGACGUCGGCCUCGUCUGUCUUUUUCAGCACUCCUGACCUGAGCAGAGAGUGCGGCUUCAUCAAGCCUCUGGCCUCCACGCCCGCAAACAAGACGCUCCCGAUAGUUCCCACCGCGCUGAGGGUAAACGGGCCGAUAAACGGCUUGGGUGCGGACGGGCGGCCCCCGUUGCUCAGCCCCUCCCAGGUCGCCUUGGGACCUCAGGGCCAAGGCUACCGAGCCGCCGACUUGGGAGACAGUCCAGGUAACAUUUCCUCUUCCGUUGCGUUGCGCGUUCAACAUUUUCAAGGCGUGGGCACAGUGUCGUCCGCCAUGAGCUCCGGACCUCCCAAGAAGCGCCACCGGAGCUGGCACCCCACCUCAAUCAUCCCGGUCCCGCCCACGGCCGUGCCCGUACCCGCCAUCCGCCCCGUCGUCUGCCCUCCGGGUUCUGUAUUGGGGGGCGCGUCCCCCCAGCCCGCGGGGCCUGGCGUCAUCCGGCCGUCAUUCAGCGGCGCGGGGACGGUCGUCGUCCCGGACAACCUGCUGAACUGUGCAGGGGUUCGCCCCGUCAUCCUCAUUGGGCACGGCGCCUUACCUUAUUUCUAUGGCAACGUGGGGGACGUGGUGGUAAGCCCCCUGCUGGUGGGCUGCUACCAGAACGGCCAGCUGAGCAACGAGACCUCGGAGGCGCUCGGCCUCAGCGGCGGCCACCAGCUCAGCGUGGAGAUGAUGAUCCUGCUCACGUUGCAGUACCUGGCACGUCUCGGUCCGGAGCAGAUCCCUCUUCGGGAGGAGCUGGAGCAGAUCGUCCUGAAGGCCUUGCUGUGCUGUCCGGGCGGUUCCGCCAUCUCCCCGUCCCAGCUGCCCUGGCUGGCUCGGCUGGAGGCCAGCGUCUCCGGGGGCGCCGUCCAAGUGGCGGUCGCCCACAACUCGCUGGGCGAGGGCAUCUGCGAGUCGCUGCGCGCCCUGGCCGAGGGUCCCCACCUCCGGCGGUCGCCGCCCACCUACGUGGUCGUCAUCUGCUCCUCCAAGAUGGGCGGAAACGAGUUCUGCGUGCUGGUCUUCGGAAAGUACCAAGCGCGGGCUUUAGCGGAGGGCAUGCUCACCACCAACGAGUUCCUGAAGGAGAUCAGCUACGAGCUCAUUACAGGCAAAGUCGGCGUGCUGGCGUCUCACUUCAAAACCACCUCGCUGGGGGACAAUCUGGACAAGCAGCUGGUGCGGUAUCAGCGGCGGCGGAAGGGCCAGGUCAUCCAGCCCUUCCAGGGCGAUGUCACAGACCACAUCCACUCGCAGGAGUCCGCCAGCAUGUCACCACCUUCGGACAGAGAGCUGCUCAGCAAGGUCUUCCAGAUCUUUCCGACCCAGCUGAGCGUGGCGCGCCGCCUCCUCUCGCAGGUUUGCUCCAUCGCCGACUCGGGCAGCCAGAACCUGGACUUGGGCCGUUUCUGCAAAGUGGACUUCCUGGUUCUGGUGCCGCCCUCUCACAUCCUGGUGAACCAGACAGCGCAGCGCAUCCGACAAUCAGGGGUCCUGUUCGAGUUGGGGAUGGAAGAGUCGUGCUCGCCUCAGAAGUACGACAAGUACGUCGUGCGACUGGACGCCGACGUCCACGGCAGGAUGGAGGCCUUCAUGAGGAAAGUCAAACAGAACCCGUACACGCUGUUUGUUCUCAUCCACGACAACUCUCACGUCGACCUCACCAGCGCUCUGUCGGGCUCCGUGUGCCACGGCGAGCUGCAGGGUCUGGCCGACAGGGUGGUCAACUGCCAGGAGGUCCUGGACGCCCUCAACCUGCUGGUGCUGCAGGUCAGCUGCUUCCCGUACACGCUGCAAACGCACCAAUCCCGCAUCAGCGUGCACAACGAGGUGCACUGGCCCUCCAAUGAAAGCCUGCAGGGAUCGCUCGCUCCCGGCGACUUAGCCUACUUCGGCCUGUGCGACUACAGCAGGUCCCUGCAGUGGGGCGUGGCCAGCCCCAUCCUGCGCUGUGACGACGCCUUCGAGAAGAUGGUCCACACACUCCUGCAGAGGCACCCCCACCUGCACAGCAUGGUGAUCCGCAGCUACCUGCUCAUCCAGCAGUACACGGAGGCCAUGAUGGCGCUCACCUCCUCGCCGUCGCUGAGAGACCACAUCACGCCCGAGACCCUGGCGAUGGUGGAGGACCUGAUCAACGCGCCCGGCCGGGAGGGCUCGCAGGGCCGCGGCCACAUGCUGCUGGUGCGCGUGCCCUCGCUGCAGCUGGCCAUGUUGGCCCGCGAGCGUUUGGAGGACGUGCGCGACAAGCUGGGCCUCCAGCUGUGCUUCGCCGUGCUGCUCGGGAGCCCCGCCUCCGAGAUCAGCCUGCCCAGGAACUUCACCUGUCGCCUUCGGGCCUGGCGGGGAUAUGAGAAUGAAGACUGGGUUCCCCUCACCUACGAGGAUCUGGAGGGCCUCCCUUGUAUCGUCAUCCUCACGGGGAAAGACCCCCUCGGAGAGACCUUUCCCAGGUCUCUGAAAUACAGCGACCUCCGUCUGAUCGACUCCAGUUACCUGACGCGUACGGCCCUGGAGCAGGAAGUGGGCCUGGCCUGCACCUACGUGUCCGUGAGCGUGGUCCAGGAGCCCAAGAAGGCGGUAGGCCCCCGGGAGUCGGACGGCGAGAAGGCCGCCGCCCCGGUGAACGACGGAGACGAACUGGAGCGACCUCAGAGCAACGGCAGCGUGGCCACCAGGACUUCGGGGUCCUUGGUGGAGAACGGGGUCAGUUCGUCCGAUAAUGCGGACGCACCCCCGAAGGCCACCAACGCUGCACCGGAGGCAGCAGACACGUCAGGUGUCAAGCAGGAGUGUGACUCCGUGGGUGGCCAGAUCCCCUCUAAUCCUCCCAAAACCUCCAAGGCCCCUCCCUCGCUGUACUCCAGCUCGUCCUCAUCCUCGCCGUCGCCAUCCUCCUCGUCCACGCAGCGGCCCAGCCAGUCCACGCAGUGCGCCCGCCACGCCAAGCCGUCGCGGGUGUCGCCGCGGACCGUCAUCAUGUCGCGCCCGGCGUACAACCUGCUGUCGGCCGACUCGGGCAGCCAGCUGAGUUCCUUCUCGCUGCUGCCCCACGCCGACGUGGCCUGGAGCAGCCCGCUGAGGCCCCCCGUCACCUCGGGCCUGCACGGGGAGGAGCAGAGCGCCUACUAUCGCCAGUGGACCGUCGCCAAGCAGCACCACGCCGACUACGAGGCGCCGACCACCCCGCACCCUCGACGCCUCCUGCUGAGCGGACCGCCACAGGUGGGGAAAACCGGGGCCUACCUUCAGUUUCUGCGGAUCCUCUUCCGCAUGCUCAUCAGACUUUUGGAGGUGGACGUGUUCGACGAGGAGUCCGACGAGGAAGAGGCAGUCGAAGAGACGUCGGAGGUGGCGACGCCCGUCAACAACCAGUGGCCCGACGUCGAGGACAUGCGCAAGCUUCCCUUCGACCCCAACCCCCGAGACUCCAAGUUCAGGAAGGCAAGCCCCAUCCACUGCGACAAGAUGCCAAAGCGCUCCAGAGUUCUGAAGGAAGAAGACGGGAGCCACACAGUAGCCAAGCGAGAGACCAAAUCCAUACGACUGACUCGGUUCGCCGCCCACAACGCCUUUCACCACUGCGAGCAGUGUCACCACUACUGUGACGCCAGCCCCGCCACGCAGCUUUCUGAGUGCACCUUCCACGCCUUCACCUUCUGCUCGUCCAUGCUGGGCGAGGAGGUCCAGCUCCAGUUUGUCAUUCCCAAAGACAAGGAGCAGCACUUUGUCUUCAGUCAACAGGGGAGCCACCUGGAGAGCAUGCGCCUGCCUCUGGUCUCCAACAAGGACCCCGACCUGUUGAAGAGCCCCAUCUUCACGCCGACGACGGGGCGGCAGGAGCACGGCCUGCUCAACAUCUACCACGCCAUGGAGGGCGCCGCUCACCUCCACAUCCUGGUGGUCAAGCACUUUGAGAUGCCCCACUACAGGCAGUACUGGCCCAACCACAUCCUGCUGGUCUUGCCCGCCAUGUUCAACAACUCCGGAGUCGGCGCCGCUCGCUUCAUGAUUAAGGAGCUGUCGUACCACAACCUGGAGUUGGAGAGGAACCGGUGGGAGGAGCAAGGCGUCAAGCGGCAGGAAGUCUGGCCUUUCAUCGUCAUGAUGGACGACUCCUGCGUGCUGUGGAACGCCCAACAGCCCGCCGAUAACAGCGAGACCUCCGACGCCGGCUCAGGGCUCACCAACGUGUCCCUUAAAGCGGUCCUGUGGCACAUAGAGGCCACCCCCAAGAUCCUCCUCUACGCCAUGUGCGGAGCCCGCAAGUGGAACAGCAGCCUGGCACGCAAGGCCCCCGGCCGGCCGUUCAGCAGGGGGCACCUGUACGACUUCGUCCUGCUCAACGUGGAUCUGACCCAGAACGUCCAGUACGACCUCAACCGUUACAGUUGCGAGGAGGUGGACUUCAACCUUCGGGUGAACAGCAGCGGACUCCUGCUGUGUCGCUUCAACAGUUUCAGCUUGAUGAAGAAGUACAUUCCGGUCGGCGGCAACCAAGACUACACGGUCAAACCCAAACUCGUGGAACUUGAGAACCCCGCCCCCAUCAGCCCUCUGCAGUACGUGUGCGCCCCCGACAGCGAGCAGACCCUGCUGGAUGCGCCGGCCCAGUUCCUGCUGGAAAGGUUCCUGCAGAGCUGCAGCUACCGACUGUUCCCCCAAGCCAUUCACAACCCGAACAACCCGGUCCUGUCCAUCGACAGCUACCUCAACAUCAGCCCGGAGAUAUCCGUGUGCUACAUCAACUCCCGUCCACACUCCACCAACCUCAACCACCAGGGCCUGGUGUUCAGCGGCCUGCUGCUGUACCUGUGCGACUCAUUCGUCGUCUCCGGACUCCUCAAGAAGUUCCGCUUCCUUAAAGGCGCCACCCUCUGCGUCAUCUGCCAGGACCGGAGCUCCCUGCGUCAGACCAUCGUGCGUCUGGAGCUGGAGGACGAGUGGCAGUUCCGCCUGCGCGACGAGUUCCAGACGGCCAACUGCAGUGAGGACCGGCCCCUCUACUUUCUCACUGGACGCCACGUUUGAACCAUGCCCCCCCCCCGCCCCUAAAAAAUUCCUGCCGUCAAAUCGCACCACAGUCGGACACACGCGUGCUCACUUUGAUGAACGCGAAACUCUGCUGCGAUUUGUACGUGGACUUUUUUUUUUUUAUUUCCAUACAUGGACGUACAUGUUUAUCUCAGGGUUUUUAAAAGUGAGAAAAAAAAAAUCUGACUUAAGCGGAUAAGAGCGGAGGAGUUUUUCCUCCCUGUUUGCUUUCUUCUUGGCGCCAAAGACAUCCUGGAUCGAGCUGCACCUUUUUCUUGUCCCGUCAAGCCUUUCACUGCCAAACGACUCCACACCAAACACUGCCUAGUGGACAUACGUAUUUUCCGCACUAUAAGACGCACCUACAAGCCUUUAAUUUUCUCAAAAUCCGACGGUGCGCCUUAUAUAUGGGCCAAUAUUGAGCCUUUAGUGCAGCUCCAUCUAAUGGAUGCAUAACGUAACCCCAGCCUCUACUGUAGCAUCUGUUCCAUGCGCCUAAAAACGUGAAAAAAGUUUUAAAAUUAGGCCGUUCAAUGAAGGUGCGCCUUGUAAUGCGGUGCGGCUUAUAGUGCGUAAAAUGCGGUGCAUGAAAUGGGGGAAGUUAAUGAAAUCCAAUAUAAAAUAAUCAUAAAUAAACCAGCAUUAUAAAGUCUUUGAUUAUAUUACACAUUGUAUCUACACCGCGCCGUGAUAAAGGUUUGGUCUUCUAUAUUGACUUUGAAGGAGACGGAAAAAAUGAAAACGGUUCACAGAGGCUAAACAUGCUAGCUAAUGCUAACCAGUGCAACUAUGGAAGUAAAUUACUGUCGCCAGGAUUUGAAUUUGAAAUGUAAAGUGAUCACAUUUUCUGUGCCACUCACUGAUCUUAAAAAAAAAAAAAACACUGAAUGACUCGUUGGUCACCGAAACUGACGUCGUCAUCCGCCAUCUUGAUACUCCCAAAACAACCAUGGCGACCUGUGCGCUAAUCGCCAGUUUCGUGCCUGUAAGAAAACAUUCCACUGCUAGCUAAGUUAGGAAGACUUACUUUGACAUUGUUAAAGUUUGUUUUUUGUUUUUUUUUUAAUUUUCUGAUGAGCUUAAUCCACUUGAACAAAGUUUUGUUUAUAGUUGUUGUUCACUGUUUACUCUCUGCUUCACCUUUAUAGGCCGGUGGUUUUUGGCAAAAAAGCAAUGUAAAUAUUUUCAUUCAACUUCAUUAGUGGAUAAGCAAGAAAACACAUUUUCUGUGAAAUUUUUUGAUGAAUUUGAUAAUACACAACUCUGCAAAUUGAAUUUGAUUUUCAAAUGCGAGGAAACAAGUUGAAAUUUUGUCUGAAAUGGGGCGUCGCAGAGACAACAAAUGAACAAUGCGUUUAUCGUGUAUUUUCCUUAUUUCCUAAAAUAUAUCUGAGUUAAAAUUGAAUGUUUUUAUAACAAA